UGUCAAAUAAUAGAACUUUUGAGUUGGGAGUUGGAAGAACUUAGACCAUUUUACUGGUGAAGUUCUCAAAUUCCGCAGAGAAAAAUAGCGAGAGGCACAAAUAAAUCGCAGCUGUUAAGUUCCUCCUUUCGCAUGCAAUAUCUCUCUCAUCUUCUCUUUACUCUACGCCGUUUCUUCGAUUCACUCAAUACAAUGGAUUCCACAGAAUAAUCGAUGAAGACACUUAAUUCAUUGAAACUUGAGAAAUCAGUAAUUGAUGAAUAAAGAAGUGUUUAGGAAGAAUCUAGUGAAUACCUUGUGGUUUUUAAGAUCUAUAGUGGUGUUGCUGGAUUAUGAUUAUGGUAAUUCUACUGGAUUAUAUGAUUAUGGUCCUCCUGAAUCAAGAAUUUUGAAGCUACUGGUAAUUCUCCUGGAUUAUAUGAUUAUGGCCCUUGCCUUUUGGUGUCAGUUUUAUGCGACUUGAGACCGUGCAUGGCAUAUUUGUGAACUUCAAGGACUUGUAUUACUACAAAGGAAGCAAACUCCCUUUUGCUGCCGCUCAGAUUAGCCAAGCUUUCAGAAAUGAGUUUACAAACCCUUCUUUUUCAUGAUAUCUCCUCGUCAAGGUCUUCUCUGAGUCCAGGAAUUCACUAUACCGAGAUUGAGCAUUUCGUCGACACAGAGGACAAAUCUCAUCCCAAGUAUAGCAAGAUUGUAUAUUUAGAGUUCUUGAUGUUUCCAAGUGAAGAACAAAUAGCAGGGAAGGAUGCCAUUAAACUUCUCCUUGGUGAUGCAGGAACUGUGAACAAUGAAACUCUUGGUAACUUCAUUGGGAGGGUAUAUCUAUUCCUUACACGCCUUGGGAUCAGUAUAGAACGCCUAGGGUUUCAUCAGCAUCUUGCAAAUGAGAUGGCCCACUAUGCAGCAGACUGGUGGGAUGCUGUGACUGAAUGCUCCCUAUGGCUGGAUAGAGUGUGUAGGUAUUGCAGAUACAGCGUACAGUUGACACGCUCGCUCGUGGUACUCCCCUUGUUGCUCAUGAGAAGUUCUCAGCACCAAAAACAGUGGAGAAACUGGCUAUUACUCCAGUGUAGAAGGAGUUGGCUGGAUCUUGCAUUCAAGGGUAACCAAAAGAAGAUAGUGGAAGCAUUAGAGGCCAUGGAUGAAAAAGAGGCUAUGGAAGUGUAAGCUGCUUUGGAAUCUAAAGGGGAGGUGGAGUUCCAAGUCUCCAGGGAUGGCUGUCACCAUUAAAUCAACCAUGCUCUCAUUUUCCAAGGAGAUGCAGAAAGAACAUCAGCGUCUUCACACCAUCUAUAAUCAAGCCUUCUUUGGUAUUGGGCGAAUAUUUACUGCCUCUUUGAGCAUUUCAUUCUACAUGAGACCAAGCAAAGCAGGGGAUGGACAGUUUAACGUGUUUAGUAUCCCCACAGUUGUUGCUUCCAUCAAGUGCACUGUAUUUCCACUUGUUCAUCGCCAAAUGAAUCUCAAAUGAUCUAACUGCUGCUGGAAUCUCUCACAGAAUUGGCAUAACAGGUAUGGAUUGUAUCUAAAUUUUCCUACAUAAUUUCUCGCAAUGCUUCUAGUCUCCCCCACCCUCAACAAACACACUAUAAUGCUGCGAAUGUAUCUCUGUUUACUUUUAUGGGGUUCUUAAUAAAAUACCCAUAUGGGGAAAUGUAAUUAAGAAAAUGUACACGUUUUUUUCGUGAUAUAUUUAAUGCCCAUAUCUUGACCUUUUC